GCAUUGGCAGGCUGAUGAGGACACGUGUCUCCUCCCUGCCUCCCCCUCCGGGCUCCACGGUACCGCAUUGGCAUCAGUAAAGGCACCUGAAAACCCGACAACCGACUCCUGGAAACGCCGCCUGCCACCUUAUAACCCACACGAAAACGAUAUUAUAGGCCAAACAGAAACCUGUGGCUCGCCUUUCUUCGUGCGUAAAGCUUUUGCGCACACCGCCGAACUGCCUCAGAGACUGAAUAGGUGCGCUAUACUCGAGCAUCGGUGCCAAGAUGCAGAAACGGAGCAGCGACGUCUGAAGGUGACAUGAACCUGGGGAUAAUCAAGAGCAGCAGGCUGAACAAGAAGUGGAGAUAGCAACUGAAAACCGUCAGUGUCUUGAAACAAAAAUUCGCGCUUUUCCUCUGAUGCAGAGAACCAAGAGCUGUCAUCCAAAGUAGCCUCACAUUUUUACUCACUGGAGGAGAAAGAAAAAAACCCACACUAAUUAAGCUGCAGACAGUUGAGAUUCAGGAGAGGAGCGAAAAAUGGCGACGUUAAUCAAAAGCAAGCUUUCUAAUAAACUGUCAAAUGCGGCCACCGCCGUCUCCAACAAAUCCCAGGCGAAGGUGAGCGGCAUGUUCGCCAGGAUGGGCUUCCAGGCCGCCACCGACGAGGAGGCGCUGGGCUUCGCCGCCUGCGAUGACCUGGACUACGACCACCGGCAAGGCAUGCAGAUGGACAUUUUGACAACCGAUGAGAUGGGAGGAGAGGGGAGCGGAGACGGAGGCGGGCUGGACGGGGACAGCCACUACCAGAGGGACGGCACAGGUCCGCCGCACUCAGCCUCAAAAGACGGAGAACCGGCGAACGAGUUGACUGAAGUCAGACCAAAAAUCACCGCUUGGGAGGCGGGCUGGAACGUCACGAAUGCAAUCCAGGGGAUGUUUGUUCUCGGGUUGCCCUACGCCAUCCUGCACGGAGGAUACCUCGGACUCUUUCUCAUAAUUUUCGCCGCUGUUGUGUGCUGUUACACGGGGAAAAUCCUCAUUUCCUGCUUGUACGAGGAGGACGAAGACGGACAGCUUGUCCGCGUGAGGGACUCCUAUGUGGACAUUGCCAACGCCUGCUGCGCGCCCAGAUUCCCGUCUUUAGGUGGCCAUAUCGUGAAUGUAGCCCAAAUCAUAGAGUUAGUUAUGACCUGCAUCCUGUACGUGGUGGUCAGCGGCAAUCUCAUGUACAACAGCUUCCCCAACAUGCCGAUCUCCCAGAAGUCAUGGGCCAUCAUCGCCACCGCCGCCCUCCUCCCCUGCGCCUUCCUCAAGAACCUAAAAGCCGUCUCCAAGUUCAGCUUGCUGUGCACACUGGCCCACUUUGUCAUCAACGUCCUGGUGAUUGCGUACUGCCUCUCCAGAGCGAGGGACUGGGCCUGGGACAAGGUCAAGUUUUACAUCGAUGUCAAGAAGUUCCCCAUCUCCAUUGGGAUUAUCGUGUUCAGCUACACCUCGCAGAUCUUCCUGCCGUCCCUGGAGGGGAACAUGCAGAAACCGAGCGAGUUCCACUGCAUGAUGAACUGGACUCACAUCGCUGCCUGCAUCCUCAAGGGCCUGUUCGCCCUGGUGGCCUACUUGACCUGGGCUGACGCCACCAAGGAGGUCAUCACAGACAACCUGCCCCCGACCAUCCGAGCUGUCGUCAACCUCUUUCUAGUGGCCAAAGCUUUGCUGUCGUAUCCGCUGCCGUUUUUCGCUGCUGUCGAGGUAUUAGAGAAAUCCCUUUUCCAGGACGGAGGACGCGCAUACUUCCCAGAUUGCUACGGAGGCGAUGGACGCCUAAAAUCUUGGGGACUCACUCUCCGAUGUACCCUUGUUGUGUUCACCUUGCUCAUGGCGAUCUAUGUGCCACACUUUGCCCUCCUCAUGGGUCUCACGGGCAGCCUGACAGGUGCGGGCCUGUGCUUUCUGCUUCCCAGUCUCUUCCACCUCAGGCUUUUAUGGAGAAAGCUGCUAUGGCACCAGGUUUUCUUUGACGUUGCCAUCUUUGUAAUAGGAGGUAUAUGCAGCAUAUCUGGGUUUAUCCACUCCAUGGAAGGGCUCAUAGAGGCUUUCAAAUACAACAUAGAAGAGUAGAUGCCAUUGCUGGAACUAGAUGUUAACUGCAAAUCCCCCAUUUAGUGAAAAAAUUAAAAACACACACUUCCCCGGUAAGCGCAGCCCCCCUCUGCUUGAUUCAUGCGUAAAAAGCGCGCACACAACACAUUUUACGCGCUCAUACAGUCUUGCAUCAGUUCAGAAAAAAGCGCGCGCGCGCGCACACACACACACACA